AUGUCUACCAGAGAAGGUGCAUUAAAGGCAUACAGGGCAGCAUUAAGGGCCAUGAAUUUGACAUUUAGAGGUGACCGAGAGGUUAUGACUGCAGCAAAGACAAAGUUGAAGAAUGAAAUGAAAGCCGCAAAAUCAAAGGACCACCCUGAAAUGAACGUCGAAGAAAGAAUUAAUCUAUUGAAUCAAGUUGCCACUUAUUUAACAAAAAAUAUAGUUCAAGGAGUGAAGGAAAAGGACGACAACACAUACAUGCUUCGUUUUCAUGAAAAAACAGAAACUAAUAAAAACAUACCUUUGACCAAGCGCAGAAAGGUCACAUUGCAUGCUGGUCCUGUCACAAAGCAAGGUGGCUGUUGCAGUAGUAAGUAG